AAUAUUAAAAAAAAAAAUUAAAAUAUAUUAAUAAAAAAAUGAGAGGAACUACAUGUUAAAAAGCCUUAGCAAAUUGGGAAGCAGUUAAUCCCGGUAAAAACCCAGCUGAAGCUGAAGAAAUAAAGUUGAUAUUUUAGAUUCCUCCAAUUGAAAAAAUGGACGGUCCAGUAUUAAAUACAUUAACUAAAUGCAAGAAAUUAUCUUUAUCAUCAAACAGUAUAGACAAAAUGAUUCCUUUAAACAUGUUAAGAAACUUAGAAAUACUAUCAUUAUCAAGAAAUGUAAUAAAGAAAAUUAGUGGAUUGGAAGAUAUAGGUUCUACUCUUCGUUAAUUAUGGAUAAGUUAUAAUUUAAUCGAAAAAUUAGAUGGAUUAAAUAAUUGUGUUGUCCUUAAUACUCUUUAUAUUGGAAAUAAUAGAAUUAAAAAUUGGGAAGAACUUGAUAAACUAAAAGAACUACCUGAGCUUUCUGUUGUUCUAUUUUAUGGAAAUCCCAUGUAUGAUUUAGUUAAGGAAGAUCCAAAAUAUUAUGUUCUUAAAAAGCUUCCCACACUUAAAAAUAUUGACGGAACUAUUAUUGAUGAUAGUAUUCUUGAUAAAGUUAAAUAAAUAGCUGAUAUUCCUAUAUCUGCAAAGGCUUUAUGA